AUGCAGCUGAACCCCUCCAACAUGUCUUCCACUACUGCCCUCGACAAAAUCAACGUCGUCAACGACCCUCGGAUCCGACGCUGCUCUGCCACCAUCAAUGGCAAGACAUAUGGAUAUCUUCUCGCCGAGCCUGAGGGCGGCUUUACUCGCACGGUCUUCUUGAUUCACGGUUUCCCAGAUUUGUCCAUGGGCUGGAGAUACCAGAUUCCUCUCUUUCUCAAACUUGGCUUCCGCGUCGUUGCUGUUGACUGUAUCGGAUAUGGUCGAUCAGAUGCACCAACUGGGUCUCUCGACGCCUAUUCCUACAAGUCGCAUGCCGACGAUUUGGCCGAACUUGGAAAGCAACUCGGUUGCGAGAAUAUCGUUCUCGCCGGUCAUGACUGGGGCUCGGUGAUUGCCUCCCGUUUUGCUCUUUACCACCCUUCUUUCAUCACACAUCUCAUUCUCUUCGUUGUCCCAUAUCUUCCUCCCUCGCCGAAAUACAUUGAUACGGCAGAUCUCGCCAAGGUCGUCCCCACAGUUGGGUACCAACUGCAAUUCGGUAGCGCGGAAGGAGUGGUUGAGUCCCAUACUCAGGACAAGGAAGGUAUCCGUGCGUUCCUCAAUGGCCUGUACGGCGGGGCCACUCCUGAAGGCAAAUUUGCCAUGGACUCAACCCGUGGUUUCGACUUUGAGGUGGCCAGCAAGCUGGGUCGUACAAGAUUGCUGAGUGAGGAAGAGCUGCAGUAUUACGUGGAGGAGUACUCGAGAAAUGGGCUCCAGGGACCUUGCAACUACUACCGCAUUCGUCAGCAGAGCUGGACAGAGGAGCAGUCCCUUCUGGCCCAGGGCAAAGAGGCGAUCUCAAUCAAGUGCCCCGUGCUUUACGUUCACGCGCUUGCUGACCUUGUGGUCAACUCUGAGAUGCCCAAAGCCAUGGUACCCUUCGUGCCAAAUCUCACUGUGAAAGAGGUCGAGGCAGGGCAUUGGGCUCUGUGGCAGAAGCCAGCGGAGGUUAAUACUUUUGUGACAGAGUGGCUGCAGCAGCAGGGACUUUUGGACUCGGCUAAGCUGUAUAUGAAUAUGGAUUCUGGUUUUGCUUGGCAUGAAUCCAACGUCACUGUCCCCACCGACUCUUUACAUAGUCUUAGUAUUCAUUAUAAAAGCAAACCUCCAAGACGGCGGGAUGAGCGAGAACAAAGUGGCAUUCAUGAGUUCGAGGUUGAGGAAAGAGACGAUGCACAUUCCAUUAUCACCCCCUCAAAACACACUCCCAAGGCGUUUCGAGUCUUACGGGGCUCUGUAUCGGCUGGUGGGCCUCUGCGUCCUUUUCGAUUGGUGAAGCAGGAUAUCGUUAACUUGCGCCGCCGAUAUGUUUCGGAUUGGACUAUAUUCAACCAAUUGAUCUUCGCUAGUGCGGUAUACGUAUUCUUCACGAAUCUUCUCCCGGGAAUUACUUUUGCCAGUGACUUGUAUGUCUUGACUGGCAAGACCUGGGGAACGAUUGAGGUUGUGUUUAGUACGGGACUGUGUGGAAUUAUAUUCUCAUUGUAUGCUCGGAGAAUAUCUAUGCAUUGUGUGACGAAGUUUUUAAGGUAUUUCCUUGCAGAAGCAAAUCCGCCACUUGUGCCUUUCCUCCCUUUCAUGGCAUGGUCCUUGAUUCAUGCAGCCUGGUUGCAUUAUAUCCUAGCUAUAAUCAAUGCUCAUGACUGGACUAUGCGCUAUGUGACAACAUUCGCCACAGAAAUCUUUUCUCUCCUAAACAGCAUCAUCUAUUUCCAUAAGGCCAUUCAGGAGCUUGAAAGAGCACAUGAUACUCUCUCAUUCGCCGCUUUCUUAUACGCAGUAAUCGGUGCCGUUGGAACUAUGCUCCUCGCUAUCUUUCUCUCUACAGCUGAAAGUUGGAAGCCUUUAUUCCAUCGAUACAUCCGAAUGGGGCUCACAGAGUACGCCGCCGCAAUAUCCAUCAUCAUCUUUAUCGGCAUGCCCCAUAUCGGCGAAUUGGCACACCUCGACAAGAUGACUCUUCCCGUCAGCAGCUCCUUCAAACCCACAUCACCAGACCGUGACAAGUUCUUCGUCGAAUUUUGGACCUUACCUGUCGGAUGGGUCUUCGCCGCCAUAGUUCCAGGAAUAAUAAUCACCAUCCUCUUCUUCUUCGACCACGAAGUAAGCUCCAUCAUAUGCACAAUUGACAGAUAUGGCACCCGCAAACCCGGCGGCUUCGCAUGGGACAUCAUCCUGUUGGGCACAACAACCGCUCUCUGUGGAAUCCUAGGCAUCCCACCCGCCAACGGUCUCUUACCACAGGCUCCCCUACACUCCGAAUCACUAAUGCAUUCGGAGCGAGAACAGCGCACCGUCAUUACAGAUGGCGAAGAGAAAGUUGAGACGCACGAAGUCAAGCGCGUUUACGAACAGCGCUGGUCCUCUUUUUUGCACGCAGGGGCUAUCCUUCUUUUCGUCAGCCCGCCGUUCAUGAAAGUCCUCGGCUUAACGCCGACGAGUGUUCUUGCCGGUCUAUUCAUGUUCAUGGGUGAGCAGAGUUUAUCGGUCAAUCCUAUAUUAUACCGAACCUUCUACCUUCUUACUCCCCCGUCUGAACUCCCGUCUCUACCAUCUUCUCUUGCGAAGAAACCUGGCGAUGAAGAUCACAAUGACAACAGCAACCCACCACGUCCCUCCUAUAUCCCCAUUCACCUUUACACUAUCCUACAGAUUGUCAUCACUGUGGCUAUCUUCAUCGUCACCCUGACACGAGGUGCUCCCGCCUUCCCCGUUCUAAUCGUUGCUCUUGUUCCCUUUCGCCUCCUAGUAAUGAAACACUGGUGGCCGCGCGAGGUCCUCCGCUUCGUGGAUGCCUGGGCUUGCAGAGAAGGUACUCCUGAGGACGAUGAGGAUGCAGAGGCAAAGAAAGAUGAGUUUAGUGGCGAUGAUCUCGCCGGUCGUGCCGGUUUGGGUAAUGAGACAGAUGGUAUCUUUUCGUCGCAGUUAGAUGAGUCCGGAUGUAGGCCAUCUGGGACGCCGGCUUUGAUUUCUAGAUCCACGUCUCAUCCUGGUGAGGUUGGUAUUGCGGAUAGGAAUGACUCUGGGCAGGAGUGGGUGGAACUCGAGUAUCGGACGCGACAAGACGAGGAAUUGGGUCGGUCGAUCAAGGGGUGUUGA